GAUAAAUUGGUUUAUUUCUCUAAUGCCGAAAGUAGGUUAGUUCCCUUCUUGGUUUUGCUUUUAAAAAAUGGUUUGAUUGCACAUUAUUCCUUUAUCUAUCACCUCUAAGACAAUAUGGGUCUAAGACUGCAGCCACUGGAAUUCACUGAUUGUAUAAGUGACAGUCCUUACUUCAGAGAAAACUUACAUGCCCAUGAAAAAGAAUUGGAAAGGACUAGUCUGCAAAUAAAACGUUUAGUUAAAGAAGUAAAAGAUUUGUUAAAUGCUGCCAAAAAUUUGUCCAGAGCUCAGAGAACGCUUUCUAAUACUCUCCAGAAUUUUAGUUUUGAUUGCACUACUGAACAGACUGAUGACGAACAAGUAAUUUCUCAAUCCUUUGGAGAAUUUGGUCGUCUUAUUGCAACUAUUGAAGAUGAAAGGGACAGAAUGAUGGAUAGAGCUUACGAACAAAUAAUUCUUCCUCUUGAAAACUUUCGUAAGGAACACAUAGGAGGAGUUAAGGAAGGAAAGAAAAAAUUUGAAAAGCAGACGGCUAAAUUUUGCCAAAGUCAAGAACGAUAUUUAAAUCUAUCUACUAAAAAACAAGACACUUAUCUUCAAGAAGCAGAUGCUACUUUGGAGAUGGAACAAAGAUAUUUUUUUCAAGCAAGUUUAGAAUAUGUAUUUCUUCUUCAACAAGUUCAGGAAAGAAAGAAAUUUGAAUUUGUAGAGACGCUUUUGACUUUCAUGUUAGGAUGGUUAACAUUUUAUCACGAAGGUCAUGAAGUUGGUUUAGACUUCAAACCUUUCAUGAAUGAACUUCAGUUAAAAAUUCAAAAGACAAGAGAAAAUUUUAAUGCUACAAAAGACAAGACUGAAUCUCUAAUGAAAAAAACUUUGGAGAUGAGACUAACAAAACCAGUUGAUGCUGGUAGUGCCCAAAAAACUAAUGCCAGAGAAGGUUACUUGUUUCUUAUGGAAAAAAAAGCUUUUGGUACUACUUGGACCAAGCAAUACUGUAUGUACAACAAGGAAACAAAAGAAUUCUUGAUGAUUCCGUAUAACCAAAUGACAGGGAAGUUGAACACCUCUGAAAAAAUAAUCCUAGGCUCUUGUGUUAGGCGAAUGUCAGAUACAAUUGAGAAAAGGUUCUGCUUUGAUCUAACACCUGUUGACAGACCUGGAGUCGUGUUUACUUUACAAGCUCUUUCAGAAGAAGAUCGGAAACAAUGGAUGGAUGUAAUGGAUGGAAAAGAGCCGACAUAUGGUGUUCCUGUACCUUUGAAACCCGUGAAGAUGGAUGAAAAGAGUGUUCUUGAUGAUGUUGGUUUUGCGUUUGUUACGAAGUGUAUUGAUGUUUUAGAAUGUAGAGGUUUAGAAGAACAAGGAUUGUAUCGUGUGGUUGGUGUCAGCUCAAAAGUUAAUAAAUUAUUAUCAAUGGGAUUAGAUAAAAGAAAAAUAGACAAAUUAAAUUUAGAUGACCCAUUAGAAUAUGAAAGUAAAACUAUUACUUCAGCUCUAAAAACAUACCUUCGUAAUUUACCCGAACCACUCAUGACAUUCAGAUUUCAUGAAAGUUUCAUCAUAGCUGCAAAACAAGAAAAUCAUACACUAAGACUCAAAGAAAUUCAUAGCUUGGUACAUCGUCUUCCUUCGCAAAAUAUAAAAAUGCUGGAUAAACUGAUAAAACAUCUUAACAAUGUAUGCAUUCAUGCUGACAAGAAUCUAAUGACUGUUAGCAACUUGGGAGUUUGUUUUGGGCCAACUUUAUUGAGACCUGAAGAGGAGACUGUUGCUGCUAUUAUGGAUAUUAAAUUUUGUAACGUAGUGGUUGAAAUCUUAAUCAAGAACUAUGCAAAGAUUUUCAAGACUCAACCGGAGCCUCUGGAACAAGUGCUUGAACAAUGUUCCUCAUCAUCAGAACAACCUCAGCCAUUACCACGGCAUAAAUAUCAUCAAAAUCCUCCAUCAGUUGUAUCUCAGACUGUCAGUAAACCAUUUUAUGAUGGGACCUUGGCUUCCAAUUUAAGUUCCUCAUUAAUGAAUGUUACCACAUCUGUUACUUCUUCAGAAGAUCACUAUGCUAACUCUUCUCCUGGUAGAGGUACUGGAUUUCCGAGAACUACAACAAAUGUUUCAGCUUAUUCCGAAGGAAACCUUUUAUCUGUCUCCCCUGUUAAACAACCUCAUACAAUAUACCCAAGUCCUCAAGAUAUUCGGCAUAAUAUUUACGGUUCAUCUGGAUUUUUUUCUGAUCCCUUGAACAGUACAAGUAGUUCAAAUGAAAGUGUAUCUUCGCUGACUCCUCGAGAUGCCAGUUCUAGUUCAUUGCAAAAGAGCACUAUUUGUAAAAGUCAAGAACAUUGUUUAAAAUUUCCAUUGAAUCAGAAAAAUGUGCGAGUGCGUACUUUGUAUGCUUGCCUUGGGGAAAAUGAUGGUGAAUUAUCAUUUGAACCAAAUCAGAUAAUUACAAAUGUAAGAUCUUCAUUAGAACCUGGGUGGCUCGAAGGAACACUGAAUGGUAAAACUGGGCUUGUACCUGAAAAUUAUGUUGAACUCCUCCCAUGAAAAGAGUUUGAUCUUGGUGCCAUUUCUUGUACAUUCCAUACAACAAAACAUAUCUCAUUAGACUGAUAGUUAUAUAGGUGUAAAUAAUAUAUUCAAAGUCAUUCUUGUAACCAUUCCAGUGUACAAUGAAAAACACCAUUUUGAAAAGCAAUAAUUAACAUUAUAUAUUUAUAGAAAAUUCACUUUGUAUAUAUUUUUUUAAAUGAUAUGAACUUGCUUAGAUUCCAAAAGAGAACAAAAUACGGAAAUACCCUUCUCUGUAUAACAAUAAUUAUAUACUUAAGUUCCAAUUUCUGUGUUAUGAUUUGUAUGCUGUUGUAAAUAAAUCAAUUUAUGUAGUUUAGAUGUUAUGAAUUUGGAUAUGUAUAGUAUUGUUGUUUUGUUUUUAUAACUUUUAUUUUAUUUUCAACAUUUGUUAUAGUUUACAUAUGAUUAUUAGUCAUU